CUCGCUCCGGACCGUCCCCGAUGCGCGGCCGCCCCGCGGUGUGACCCCCCCCCGCCAUGGACUGCACCUGCGUGUCCGACCUGCUCCUCACCGCGCCCGUGCCGGCGCUCUGGACCCCAGGGUUCGCGUUCCCCGAGUGGGCGUACAAGGCCGAGUCCAGCCCCGGCUCGCGGCAGAUCCAGCUCUGGCACUUCAUCCUGGAGCUGCUGCGGCAGGAGCAGUACCGCGAGGUCAUCGCCUGGCAGGGCGACUACGGCGAGUUCGUCAUCAAGGACCCCGACGAGGUGGCGCGGCUCUGGGGGGUGCGCAAGUGCAAGCCCCACAUGAACUACGACAAGCUCAGCCGCGCCCUCAGGUAUUACUACAACAAGCGGAUCCUGCACAAGACCAAGGGGAAGCGAUUCACCUACAAGUUCAACUUCAGCAAGGUGGUGCUGGUGAAUUACCCGCUGCUGGAAUUGGGGGGGGGGGCUCCGCUCCUGCUGACCCCCGCGCCCUGCCCCGCCCCCACCCCCGGCCCCGAGUGCGCCCCCGUCACCCCCGAGACGCUGCAGUCUCUGUUCUGCGCCCCCCGCCCCGCCGACCCCCCCGGGCGCCCCCCCCUCUUCGAGCGCCCCCCCGAGACCCCCGAGAAGCUGCGGCUGGAGGCGGCGGUGCCGUUCCUGGGCUCGGGCCUCUCCGGGUUCUCCAAGGCUCCGGCGCUUUUGGGGGCGGGGGGCUUCGGGCGGCCCCCCCCUGCCCGAGUACCCCUGGGGAUCCACCCCUGA